UUCUAAUCAGAAAAUUCUAGCCAACUUUGUUAGAGCAUGUUACUUGCUAGUAUCACGAAUUGUUGAUAAAAAUGGAUUAAAUAAAGCACAUAGCCAGUUAUUAAAGGUAUCUCAAUUAAUCGAAGAUAAUUAUGGUACUUUAUAUGCAUUUUGGUAUUAUUCGUUCGAGAGAAUGAAUGGAGUAUUAG